GAUUGUUUAGAAUUUUUAUUUAGUUAUAGUUACCCUGUUUUGCCUUACCCUGCAUUAUUUAGUAUCACACGUAGUAGAAAACAUGUAGUUCGUUUUAGUUCUAUCGUGGUAAAGUUACUUCUAUUUAGUUUUUUUGUUUUCAACUUUUGGUUCUUGCAGAGUUGCAGACUACUUUUAUAUUUGUUAUCCAGUUACUUUAAUAAUAUCUUAUAUGUUGGAAUAUAGUUAUGUCUUUGAAAAGUGUGAAGUCAGAGUCUGAGUGUAUUGGAGGGACCAGUGAAGUUUUAUAUGAAGGGCAUGAAAUCAAACAAGAACUCGUUUUAGGCCCUAUAGUGCUACAGCAUUCUGACUUGGCCCAUAAGCUGAAUGAACAAAGUAAAUUAGUGACAAACAACAAUAAGUCUGCCAUAGAUGCUCCGGCCUUGGGGACUGAUGAGAUGGUGCGUCUGGUGUCCGAGAACAUAAGCAGUGAUUAUGGUCAAAAUAAAGCUCAUGUCAACCAAGCAGACAUGUCACCAGCACCGAGUAUAAAACGAGAGCCAGUUGAUGAUGACCUACUGGUGGUCGCAGACCUGGGGACUGAUGAGAUGGUGCGGCUGGGCCUGACUCCGGAAACUAUGGGGGCUGACUAUGACAUCUAUCGAAACAAAUUAACAGCUGAUAUUAAAAAAGAAGCUGCUGCACCCACAUCGACAGUUUCAGCUGCACCCCAGAGUGCCGCAAGUGUCAUGCCUGCCUCGCAUGUCGACCCUGUCAAGGAGGAGCUUUUGAAGGACGAGGUUGCUGAUUGUGAAAGUGGCGUGUAUCGGAGAAGUCGAAGAAUCAACAAGCAAAGGGCAGAAGCAGAAAAACAAGAGUUAAUUAAAUACAGCACUAAAUUAACUUUUGAAACGGAUUCUGAAGAUAAAGACACAGCUUCAGAAUAUGACGAAAAAAAAUCAAAACAUGAAGAUACUUCAGACGGUGACGAAAAACCCAAUUAUAAUGUAAAUAAAAUAAAAAAAGUUGAAAGGUCGAAAAAAAGACAUAUUUGUGAUUUUUGUACUAAAGAGUUUAAUUUCAGAGCAGGUUUGACGAAUCAUAUUAGAACGCAUACUGGUGAAAAGCCAUAUUCAUGCAAAACAUGUCCUAAAAAGUUUUCAGAUUAUGCUGUAUUGGUCCGCCAUAGACGGAUGCACGCCGGCCUAAAACCCCACGUUUGUGAUAUCUGUGGCAAAAAAUAUAGCGAAAAAUAUCUAUUAAAAAACCAUAAACUAGUACAUACGGGCGAAAUGCAAUAUUUCUGUAAAUUUUGCCCGAAACAAUUCGUUAAUUCGUCUAAUUAUCGGAGACAUCAAAAACUUCAUAUGCAUAAAUAUGAAUGCGAUAUGUGCAAUAAGCGUUUUGAGAAGAAGGAUAAGUUAGUUUCCCAUAUUGUUAAUCAUAUGAAACCGAAGCCUUUUACUUGUAAGUUUUGUAAGAAAGGUUUUUUUCAAAUUGGUCAUUUGAAUAGACAUUUAGUGAUACAUGUAGGGGCAAAGGAAACUUAUAAAUGCGGUAAUUGUAAGCAAAAGUUUACGCAGAAUGCUUCACUGAAAAGGCAUGUUGAGAGAAAUGUUUGUAAGAAAAAAGUUUUUAAAAAGUAAACUCUUUUUCAAUGUGAAGUAAAGUUUGUUACAAGUAAGUUGUGAAAAAGUAUAUUCUUUGAAAACAUUUAAUUAGAGUUAUUAAAUUAUUAAAGGACCAUAGGCACUUUAGUAUGGAGUCUGGUCCAUAUCCUCAAUACUUAUGAAACCUAUGCCAAAUGAUAGCUUCAAUGCUA